AUGUCAAAGCUACCAGUUCUUGCUAAAACUUUAGUUGAUAUGGGACACAAGCGGGUUAAAAAAAACCCUCGCGUUUAUCAAAAAGCGAAAGGAAAAUUUCUAAAAGUACGACAACCUACCCCAGUUGAUCCAGUGGAAGAUGCACUUUCCAAAAAAUGGUGGGUUGAUUACCGAUUGCAGUAUGAAGCCGUCAGGAGUCUUUUUCGAUAUGAAAUCAAUCGUCAUCAAAUGGAAGCUAUUUCUGCCUCACGAAUAGAUCAUGAACAUGAGCGUAAUAGACGUCAUGAGCUAACAGAAACCUGGAACAAAGAGACCUUUCUACUAGCCACAGAUAAAUUUGAAAGGCUCUUAAAAGCAUUGAUUGAUAAGCAAACUGAUAGACUAAUUGAUUUUGAAAAUAAACAAGCAAAGUUAUCAGACAAAUUAAAAGCUGACCUUGACACAGUAGCUAUGUUAACUGGACAGAUGAUUACGGAAACAAAUUUAGAUGAUAAAAUUGAAGAAAUCAUGAAUUAUGAUGUUGUUGAUUAUAACUUCGUGGUUGACCAUAGUGGUAAUAUUGUUCGAGGAACAAAACCAAUAAAAAACGAACUUCAUAAAGUUGAUGUGGAGGAAAAUAUACAAGAAGAACCUUUGUCUGCUACAUCAUGA